UGACUGCAGGACAAUAAAAAAUGAGGAAAUCCAAAGUUGUAUUUUAGUGGCACGUGCUGUGAUGGUUAUAGGUCUUUAAUUUGUCGUGUUUGGGACUGGCAUGGGCGGAUAUUAACUUUAUCUCCUCAAAAAUCGCAAAGCAAUGCAGAUGGCACACGUCCCCACAACCAGCGCUUGGACAUUUGUCUGUCUGAUAUUCCUCUUCGUCUUUUUUCUUGCGCCUUGCCAUAGGGCAAUUUGCUCAAAAAAAAAUUAAAUUAUCUUCCAACUGCCACACACUUUCUGCAAUACUUAUUUUGACAUUGAUGGACUCGGAGGCAACAAUAUCAAGCGUCAUAUUGUUCCGCGACGGCAACAGCAGUAAUGCGUACACUGAGCUACUCGAGCAAGACCACGCAUCCGUCGAAAAUGUCGUUGUUCUCGAGCACCAAGACUUGAUAACGACCGAAACAAUCAGCGAUCUUGUAGGCCCCGACCAGCAGUUUGCAGCAAUACUGUUCACCAGCCAGAACGCAGUCAAGGCGCUGAGCCGGGCGGCCAACACGUGGCUAGCAAUGUGCGAUAUCGACGGCGCAGCAUGCAAUCGCAAACAAGCAUGGGCGCGCUUCCUAAAUAGACCGGUUUUUGUCGUCGGCCGCGCGACCGGCUCAACAUGUCGGGAUCUACUGUAUGGCUCGGCUCAAUUAGGUGAUGAUCAUUCCGUCACUGCUGACAUCAGAGGACAGGAUGCAGGGAGGGCUACAGUGAUGCUACCUGAGAUCAUCGAUUUUUGCGCGCAUCAUUAUGAACAAACUGGCACGAAACCGCGGCUCGUGUUUUUUUGUGGCGACCAGAGGCGCGACACGCUCCCCGACGGCAUACGACAGAGCGGACAAGCAUCCGAGCUGAUCGAGGUGGUGUCAUACACGACGGUUGGCCGGCCUUACGAUCAGACAAGACAGGAUCUGAGUGAUGCCUUGGGCAGGAUCAGUGCGCUGCGCAAAACAGCAUAUGUCGACGGGAAUAAUGCUGCCAAUUUGGUGUGGAUGGUGCUGUUUAGUCCCUCAGGCGUGCGGGUGGUCAGCCCUGUGUUGAAUGCCAUGAUGAGCGAGGCAGUGUUACAGCUACCAGCCAUGGGGUGCAGAAAGAAGCGCGAGACGCAUUAUCGCCUGGUCGCGAUUGGAGAGACAACGAUGUCAGAGCUCGUCAUGCAAGGGAUAAGCGAGAAAAAUAUUGUGAUGGCGAAGGAACCGAGUGCUCAAGGGAUACGCAAUGCUAUUUGUGGGGUUUUUGCUGCAUUAGGAACAAAGCAAAAAUAAAUGUAUCAUAUCAUCGUCAUCAGUCUUUUAUUUGUAUGUUGUGUCGAUGACGUAAUGACGUAUGUUAGCAAAAAUC